CUCCUCUGCUAGCGCUGGCGCUGCUGGGGGCCGAAGUGGGAGAGCGAGAGGAAGAGGUGGUGGGGGGCGGGGGGGCGAAGCGGGCGGACGCGCUCCAGAGGCCAGUGGGUGGGGCAGGCAGGCAGGCAGGAGGGCGCUGCUCCUGUUCUCGCGGGAUCCCCGGAGCGGCCGCUGCUUCGCCUGGCGCUGGCUGGAGGCGAGCGGCGAGCGCCGGGAGAGGAGAGCCGAGGGGGGCGGGGCGUGUGAGCGGCCAUGGCGGGGCAGCAGUUCCAGUACGAUGACAGCGGCAACACCUUCUUCUACUUCCUCACCAGCUUCGUGGCCCUCAUCGUCAUCCCCGCCACCUACUACCUGUGGCCUCGGGACCAGCACUCGGGUGAGUAGGAGGCGAGGGCGAAGCCGCUCCAGCUCCUCCGGCCGCGGUGGGCCUGGCGCCGCCGCGUGUGGGUGGCGAGCCCCGUCCCUCUCCUCUGGCGGGUCCCGGGAAGCGUGAGACCCGCAGCGUCCCCUCGAGGGGCUUCGCGCUCUCCCUCCCCGAGCUCCUUCAGCUGAGCUGCUGGGAAGACGCUGCCGGUCUCACGCCGCUGCCACACUCCUGAAAGGGCUGCCAGUCGAGGCUCUCUUUUCCUCCAGCUGUUUGGGUCGAGCCUCUGGAAGUGGGCAGAGGAAUCCUAGAAGAAGAGUGGGGUAUUUAUUUAUUUGAAAAAGGAACAUAUCAGUGUAGGUGUUUUUGGCUUGCAGGUUUUCAUGUUGCAGGACCUGCAAAUGCACAUCAGGUGCGUUUGGGGUGUCACGUGUGAAAGGAAGCCAAUAUUAACGCGUGGAAUGAAAGCCUAAGGCUUACGUAAACGUGGAGCAGGCAGCCCUCGUUGACUUCGCUGGAUGCACUCACUGACUAUAUACUCCAGAUCAGAGUCCUAUAUUCAGUGCUUGAUCUAUCUGGGGAAGAUAUCACGGACUGCUCUGUUUAAGUGGGUUAGGAGCUUUCAUGUAGAAAGGGAAGACUUUUUUCUUCCUGAUUGUGAGCAUGAGAGAGAUAAUGGCCAAGCAAUCUUCAUUACAUGGCUUCUUUGCCUGUGCACUGUGAAGCUGCCUUGGGAGGAAGUUGUAGUAGCUUGUAGCGUGAUAAAGAUGUGAAGUAAUGAUCCCUACCAUUUCAGUGAGUGCUUCAGAAUAAAUAGGUUUGUAUCAAGCUCUGUUUCGGUGUAGCUUUUAGCCUAAAACGAAUCUUCACUUGAGAACUUGGUAGUUAGUACACUGUACUCCACACCCCAUUCGACUUUGUAGUUUUAAUUUCCAGGCUCCUAGACGACUAUUGGGGAAUGUUUGCUGCUUCUCAGUAUUUAGAACAUAUGUCAUUAUGGACAAGGAUGCAAACAUUGUUGGAAAGUUCGAGAGGCUGAGAGUUUUUCUGAAGCUAGAUAGGAGGAGAAACCUGCUCCUGACCUUUGCAGCAAACCAGCCAGCAAAUAAUAGUAUCUCAUAGAUACUGAGCAUCCCUUGUUGCACCCCUUGUUACAGAGGUUGUGAAGUCAUGGAGGUUUAAAAGACUAACCAGCCAAAAAACCAACUUUGUUACUUGGUUCUGUUAAUAAAUAGGCAGAAAUAAGUAGGGAAUCAUUUUGUAACAUCUUACACUUCAGAAGCCUCUUUGCUCAGCUGAAUUUUUUUGUUAAGGUGCUGCAACAAGUAUUAGUUUAUGUCAGUAUCUAAAGUAGCUGUUUACAGAUGUCAGCAAUGGCUGAUCCUAAAGCCAAUAACACGUAUUUUGAUCUUCAUGUCAUUUGUGCACACAUUUUGAAAGUUAAUUAACCUGAUAUUCUAAUAGAAUAUCUGUUAGGACACAGAACACCUAAAAUAAUAAGUGUUUCCUUCAGGAUACAAGUUGAUAAAAGAACUGAUAGCAGAACUGGGCAGACAGUUUUCAUUCGACCCAAUGCAUUAUUGCAAAAGUCCCAAAAUGAGGGAAACUGUAUUUGCAACCAUCCCUGUCUUAUGUGGCAUUCUUCCAUACAAUACACCAUUGUACUAUGUUAAGUAAUACAAUACACUCUAAGAAGGACACGUCCUAAGUUUUGAAUCUGUCUUCCUGGAUUUUAUGGCUAUUUUUUUCUUCAUCCCUUAGCAUCAUCUGAAAUCAUUAGUCUAAUGGGAUCCUGAAGCUAGAUUGAAGCUGUCUAGUUUCCUGAUAUGUGGCUGGUGAUGCAUAUAUAUAAAGCAUCUUUGCCGGAUUCCUAGCCAACCUUUUCCUGAAAAGAAAGAGAUACUGCCAAGGAAUUCUGAAUAAUUUUCUGUUUCUGACUGGCUCUGAAUUAGAACCUGCUUUAACAUCCUCUUUUCAUUUAGUUUCAUAGUCCUUUACUGGGGAAAAGUAACCAUUGUUGUCCCACAUGCAACAGUGAAUUGUGGUUUGUUAUGGCUGUACUGGGCAAUAGUUCUCUCUCUUUUAAAGCAGGUCUGGAGGUUGAGGCAGAGUUCAUUUUUGAAAAACAGAAUGUUGCCCUGAGUGUUCACGCCAACUUUUUAAUUCUGAUACCUGAGUCUUCAAGGUAAACGGUAUGUUUGAAAACUAGUGCAGGGCUUGAGUUGAUGUUUGAGUUACCAGAUUGUGCCAUGAACUUUAUUCUGAAUUCCUAGUGGAGUACCGUAUUUUUCGCCCCAUAGGACGCACCGGCCGAUAGGACGCACCUAGUUUUGGGGGGGGGAAAUAAAGAAAAAAAAUUAUUCCCCCCCCCAGGUGCAGGGCUGGGGCGGGGGAAGCCCGAGCUUCCCCUGACCCCAGCCCCCAGAACAGGCUGCUAUCUGCUAGCCAUGGGAGAGCCGUGCGACUUCGCGCGGCUCUCCCACGGUUAGCGGAGCGCUGCGCGCCCCAAGCUUCUGGGUGCAGGCAAGCUCUCCGCUAGCCAUGGGAGAGCUGCGUCUCCCACGGCUAGCGGAUAGCUUCCUGAAGCCUGGAGAGCGCGCGGGGUCGGUGCGCACCGACCCCCCUCACUCUCCAGGCUUCAGCGAAAGGCUGCAUUCGCCCCAUAGGACGCACACACAUUUCCCCUUCAUUUUUGGAGGGGGAAAAGUGCAUCCUAUAGGGCGAAAAAUACGGUAAUUAUUGUGUUACAAACAAACUGACAGACUUUCAACUCAUUGGCAAACAGGUAAGUUAAACCAAAAGCCUGCCUUCGGUCAUCCAUAUAUCACAAUAAAACAUUUGCUUUAUAAUCUAUGGCAGGCAUAGGCAAGUUCGGCCCUCCAGAUGUUUUGAGACUACAGUUCCCAUCAUCCCUGACCACUGGUCCUGUUAGCUAGGGAUGAUGGGAGCUGUAGUCCCAAAACAUCUGGAGGUCCUAGUUUGCCUAUGCCUAGUCUAUGGCCUUGGUCAGACAUAACACCAAAUUACAUUACAGUCAUACCUCUUCUUGCAAACGCGUCAUGUUGCAUUUUUUUGGGUUAAGAACGCGGCAGACACGGAAGUGUUUACUUCUGGGUUUCACCACAUGCGCAGAAGCAUUCUGUGCAGUUUGCACAUGCGCAGAAGUGCUCUCUUGCAGUUCACGCAUGUGCAGAAGCACCACUCUGGUUGCGGACUUUUCAGGGUGUGAACGGCACCCCAGAACGGUUGGUGUCCGCAAACAGAGGUACCACAGUACUUGGACUUGUGAGUUUCUCACUCUCCCCUUUUCUUGCACAUCUGCAAGGAGAAGAUUGGAAAUUUUGGUUCCACUUUCAAUGAACCACUAUUUAAUUUUGUGUGUGAACCCUAAACUUUGGCUUAUUUUAAUGCUAGUUUAUUUGAAACAAGCCAGCUUCAUAAACCAUGGUUUGAAGUUGACAUAAACCACGGUUAAGAAUAAUUACAGUGUGUCUGGUUCAGAUGUAGCGCUAUACUGUGGUUAAAAAGUAAAGUGAAUGAUUUUGGUCUUUUCCUUUGGGCCAAGCUCGUGGACAUGCAAGUAGUAGUGCAUGAACCAGGGGCUUUUUCACAUGACAUAUAAGCACAGCCUAGCGUUGCAUCAAAAUCAGACCUCUGUCGAAAAUCUUAUUUAGCUACUUAAAAUUCUGUAUGUGGAAGCAGCUGUUGAACAACGUUGCUGCUUGUAAAUUAAAAGUGGCAAUUGGAAGAAGAAAUACACGUCGUUCUGCCAAACAUGGUGUUCCAGAGUUAGGCACUUUCUGGGGACUUGGCAUGCCAUCUGGUAUUGCUGCUUGUUUCCACCUCUGCCAUGCCAUGCUGGUGUCAGGGUUUUCUUCGCUUUGUCACACAAUGCUUGUAAAGCCUGUGUGUGUUUGUGUGUUGUGGAAACACUUCACAUUGCUCAGUGGUGUAUACUGUUUAGCAUAGCUGCAGCCAGCCUAAUUUUCCAAAUAUUAGGAACAGACUACAUUGCACAUUUGGCGGUUGAAAGGGUCAUUAAAUAAGCCAGCAUGUAUAAUUUAUGCCGUUUUGAAUAGUAUAUGCAAAUGGGCUUUAGGGACAAAAUUUUCAAAAAUGUGAUGGGGAAAGAGGUUAUACAACCGAUGGGGUAAAACUUCCUGGCGCCCUCUGGUUUUAGGAAAAUGUUGCAAUUUGUGCCGUUGCCAGAACUUGCUUUGCAGGUGGUGCACCUUGCGCUUCAGCCGUUGGCCACAAGCUGCGCAAUCAUGUGGCUGUCUAAAAUGUUUCCUUUAGAUUGUUUUCACCAUUGCACAGAGGAUGCACUUCUAUUCAUCAUGUAAUAAAGAUAAAGAGCAGUGUUGCUGAUGCUCUCUUUAUUCUUGUUUUGUAUAUAUGUGUGUCUAUAGAUCUGUUAACAUUUCGUUUUUCUCAGAUUGCAGUUCAGAAUGAUGAAAUGUGACAUAGGUUGGUGGUGUGAAUUGCAUGACUGGCCCUUGGAAGACUAUGAACAGCAAGAAUACUGGGCUGUAUCACACUCUUGCAGCAGCAGGGUUGAGCAGACUUGGAGAGUGCAAGUUACAGGAGGGAGGAAAGAGUGAGAAGUUCCAGUUUUAGGAGAGGAAAUCUUACUGCACACCACUGUCUUAAGUUGUUUAUGUUGGUGCUUUACAGUGCAGUCUUCGCUGUCUUAACUCUGAAGUAAGUUCUAUUGAAUUCAAUAGAGCUUACUCCCAGUUGGUGGGGUUAGGAUCACAGCCUUCCUGCUUCUAAUGCUGCAGAUGCACAACAUUGAUGCAUUUGAUUAAUGGUUGCAGACAGCUUCUAAAUAGCUUCUCAUCUGUGGUGGGUGAAUUACCCCACCCCCGUGACAAUCAAAGUUUAAUUUUGGGGGACAGAGAGAAACACAAAUUAAGGCAGAUACAUUGCUGGUAGGUAGGCAGGCAAACAUUAUGUAUCAGUGUCUUUUGGUAUACCUUUACUGCAAUCCAAUUUUGUAGAGUUAUUUUAACUUCUAAUGUGUAUUAGACCUAGUCGUAUAUCACAGGGUUUCAGUUUAAUAGGGAACAAUGUCUUAAGGUGUCCAAAAAUGAGGUGCUGCAUUUUUAACAAUCUUUAAAGGUUAUAACUUUUGCACUAUGAUAUGUGCACACAGAAGAAUGUGAAAUGGUACUCUUUGUUUCUUUUUUUUAAUAGGUGUUGUCAAAAUGGCUGUGGCGUUAAGCCUGUUGAAUUCAGCACCCUUCAGGUGGUGGUUCACUUCAAAUUCUUACAUCGCUUCUAAUGAUGGAAAAUUAACAUGCAGUUCAACUUGCCAUCCAUCUAUAUCAGGAGCAGAAUGUAUAAUUACUUAUUUUGCUGUUUUGGUUGAAGUUCCAUAGAAUAUUGCACUGCUUAGGGAAUGAUAAUGGGGCCUUGUUGGGCUGAGUUUACAGUAUUUCUAGAGAACCGAGCUAUCUUGGCACUGAGCAGUAAAUGUUCAUUUGAUAGCUCGGUGCCUGUCUGAUUAUUUAGAUCUCAGAGUUUUAACAUAUUGUGUAGGACUAUUCUAAAAAUAUUCAUGUUAUCAUUUGAGUAUAAAUCAUUACAUCCACCGCAGUAAAAAUCCUUACUGUGUAGAGUUGCUGGAAAACCAUUUGAUCAUGAAAAAUAGUAAAUUCUGAUUACCCUUGACUUAAGGUGAUUAUGAACGUCUGUGUGUGUGUGUGUGUGUGUGUAAGAGGUAUAUUGAGAAGCAGGUGUUCAGAUGACAAAAGUACAAACAAGCUGACUUCUGGCUGCUCCUUAGUAUGCAAACUUGCACAUCUACAGUGGUGCCUCGCAAGACGAAAUUAAUUCGUUCCGCGAGUUUUGUCGUCUUGCGAUUUUUUUCGUCUUGCGAAGCACGGUGUCGGGAAAGUUUUGGAAAAGCUUCAAAAAUCACCAAAGUCUUUAAAAACCUCAAAAAAGGCUACCACACCGCGUUCUAUGAGUUGCUCCUCGAAGUCAAGUCGCAACUGUAUUAACGGUGUUAAGAAAAAAGGAAACAAACUUGCAAGACGUUUCCGUCUUGCGAAGCAAGCCCAUAGCGAAAAUCGUCUUGCGAAGCAGCUCAAAAAACAAAAAACCCUUUCGUCUAGCGAGUUUUUUGUCUUGCGAGGCAUUCGUCUUGCGAGGUACCACUGUAUAUUCAUGCUGGUGGGGGAUGGCUGCAGACAAUAAAUCUUAAUGUUUUAUUUUAUGUGUUUAUAUUGGGUGGUAUCCAGUAUUGUCCGUUUGGUGGAAUGAAUGAAUAGCAGAAUGUCCCCUAACUCAUCAAAGCAUAUUUCGAGGAACUAGUGGUGAGGGGGAAUUUUGGGUAAAUACAUUAAAAACAUCAUUAUUAUGCAAAGCAAAAUCUUAUCACAUUCAAGUUUUAUCCAAGGCCUUAUCUCUCUGCCAGUCACCUUACUUAAGACUCAUUGAACAUAGUGUGUCUCAUUUCUGCAUAAGCAUGCAUAGGAUUAUGUUGUAAGACAAGGUUGGUUGGUUUAUGAGCAGUUAUUUAGCUGAUAUGGUUUUGCGUUUUCUAUGAAGCAAGACUGAAUAUUUUCAGCACCACAAUAUUUAUGUAAAUUACCAUGGAUUAGUUUGUCUUCCUGCUUUUGCUAGGUGUAUGUAGGUGCUUGUGGUAUGACAGAACAUUAGUUUAGUACUCUUAAACCAGUGAUGGCCAAACUUGGCCCUUCAGCUGUUUUGGGACUACAGUUCCCAUUAUCCCUGACCACUGGUCCUGUUAGCUAGGGAUGAUGGGAGUUGUAGUCCCAAAGCAGCUGGAGGGCCAAGUUUGGCCAUCACUGUCUUAAACAAUGGGGCUUUAGUAUGGAUCUGAGCUACUUUUUUAAAACGGCAUUUGUUUACUUGGAAGUAACUCUAACUAAUUUCAAUGGUACUUGCUUCUCUGUAUGCAUAUUUAAAAUUGCAUCCUUAAAAGUUCUGUAAACAUGCAGCUUCAUUUUUACACACUUCUUGAGAAAUCACAAGCCCUGAGCUUUCUGCCAGUUAAUUUGACCUUGUAUUUGAAAUAAAAGUGUAAAUUGUGUCAAGUUUUUGUGUGUGUUUACUAAAAUAAGAGCGCUCUUAAACAUACUUGAACAGAUCUACUGAGCAUGUCACAAAAAUAUCUGUUCUUGGUCGGUAUGGUGUGAUUAUGUUGGUACUUUCUUCAAGAACAUGUACUUGAUAAUUGCAGGAAGCAGCUGCUACAGUUAGCAACGAAUUCUAAGAGUGUACACAUUUGACUUGUGAAAAAUCAAGGAUGAUCUCAGUGGAUCUGCUUUCUGUUUCCUUAAACUGUAGCGUCUUCUAUACUUGAACCAAAUCAUAGGUUCAAGCUACAAUUUUGGUUCAGCUCGAUGAGUGUUCCAUGGAAGCUUACAUACUUCCUAUGAAUUUGACUGAUUUACUAGUUCUAUAUAUGGAUGGGGGAGAAACUGGAUUCAGUUUGCAUUUAAAUCCACCUAAUCCAUACAUUCCAAAAGAAGACGCAAACCAUAACCUAGCCAUCCUUUGAAAUUUGCACUUCUUUGAAUUUUGCAAUGCAGUUCUCCAGUUAAGGUAAAAUAUGCACAAAACUGCACUUAUUACUGAAAAUAACAUAUAUAAAUUCAUCAUACUGGGGACCAUUGCUUUCCAAAAAUGUCUGUAUUGGGCAGAAUUGAGUACAAAUGUAUAUAUCAGUAGAAGUGCACACGAAAAAUGCUGAUGAAUUUCCAUGAGGCUUAAAAAAAAUUAAAAUGUGGAGAACUGAACUUGAGAUUGGAAAAAUGAUGACCUGGGAGCAACCAAAAUCGACAGUUUCAUCUAUCCCUAGUUGCACAUCACAUUUUUUUGUCUCAAAUCUGAAAGCUGCUCACAGUGUUUGGAGAACAUCAACUGUUCAAUUAACAUUUGAACCCAUGCAGCAUAAAAAUGUAGAGCUUUUUGUUGGAUUCCAGUGUUUCCCAAAGUUUUGGUCCAUACUUGUAUGAAGGCAUUUAUGUCUUUGCAGAUUACUUGAAUAAAUUAUUUAGCACAUUCCUUACAGAAAAUAGAUUUAAAAUUCAAAGUUCUAAUGUCAAGUAUCAUUAAGUGCUUUUAAAAAACUGUGCAUAUGCUUCUUGGUUUGUUUGUAUUACUUACUACAAUUUAGGACACUGUGUAAUGGAAGAGCGAAAACAAGCCAUCAUGUUUUUAACCAGUGACGCACAACAGUAAUAAAUGAGUUGGAAAGAUAAACAUUUUUUUUUAGUUUCAAGAACCUAUUUGCAUCUUGAAACAGUGGUAAAGAAUUGUAUGUUAUCGCUUUCGAAAUAAUUAAAGAGGAAUGUGCAAUUUAAGUAGAGAGACUGCACUUGUUCCACUCCCGAGAGUUACCAAGAACACACAUGUAUGAUUGUGACCAAAUGCUUGGGAAUGGUACCUCUUAACCUCCCUUAAAAGCAAAGCUAAUAUUUUGAUUAAUUCUAUUUCCAUGGCCAGGAGAGUGUGGGAAGUGUAGAAACUGGGAUACCUUAGAUCAGGAGUGGCCAACUCCCAAGAUCUACUGACAGAGUUAAAAACUGGCAGUGAUUUACUCCCUUUUUUGGGGUUCGGGUCAAAGUUGUUAAGUUUUUUCAGGGAGGAGGUAAAAGGUUGAGCUUUUUUUAGGGGAGCCACAUUUGUUCAGCUUCUUUGUGGGGAGCCAGUGAUCUACUGCAGAUGUCCAGUGAUCUACCGGUAGAUCACGAUCUACCUGUUGGACCUGCCUGCCUUAGAUAAAGAGAGAACUUGCUCCCUUACUCCUAAAGGAAAGCAGGGUGGCUGCAGGCAGAAUGCCUAUCAAAUACAUGUGUUAAAUGUUAGGCUGCAUAAAAGUCAAGACUAUAGCAGACUUAACUUUACCUAAGUACCAUUUAUAACUACUUGCUGGAUCAAAGAGAUAGUGGGACUUAUCAACAUAAUGAUAGCAGCGCCAUUAGUUAGAGCUAAAAGGGACCAGGCUAGAAGACUGCCCUUUACAUGUAAUGCCAAACCAGAAUAAAAGGGGACGACUUAGGAUGGAAAGAAACACUCCUUAGCUCAGUUCUUUUACCUGUAUUAUUAUCAAGAUGGCAUAAAAGUUCUUUGGUUCUAAGGCUCUUUGAAAUCAGUCUAUUUAAAUGCUUGGAUGUUGCACAUACAUGUAGAAUUGCAGUGCCAGAAUUAAUGUUGAAAGUUGGAUCUACAACACUUCUAUUGCAGAGGGUUGGAAAAUAUUUAAUCACAGUCCUUAACAUCCAUAGUUAAGAUCUCACUUUAAUAAGGGUAUUUAUCUUGCAUUAUUCUGCAUUUUACGAAUAUUUCUGCAUUUUAAGAUAAGAAACAAGUUACCUUGACUUUACAAUGCUUUCUGUAAAUUAAUUCAGUUUGAGGUUUAAAAGCCAGUUUAAAUUUUGCUAGUUCAUGCAUUUCUAUUGUGAUAUCCAAGCAAAACCUCUUUAAAACAUAACUGCAAGACAACUGAGUUGAUUUACAUAAUGGAGGACAUAGGUUUGCAUAAUAUAUAAGCAUGAGCAACCUUUUCACCUCUGAGGUUCAUACUGUAUCUAUAAAAUAUCUGGUUCAUUAUAUCAAAUUGCAUAUUUUGCUUUAAUUUAUAUGUUUAAUAUCACUUAAGGAGAUGACUUCAGGUUGUGCUUCUCCUUUUGAUAAAUAAAUGGAUAAUUUAUUUAGACUGUUGCAGUAUGUAACCAUAUUGACACAUUGUAGUUGUCAAUUGUAUAUUCUUUUGUGUGAACCUGUAAUUGAAGAUGAUACUAUGGCCCAGUUUAUAUGUAGCAGCAAGCAAUAGCUAUUGGUUUACUGUGAAUGUAGAGAUCACUCUCGCUUCACUCCUCCAUCAGCAAAAAUGGGUGUUUGUCUUAGUCUUAUGUCCAAAUGGGCAAUUGCAGUCUGUUUUGCCCAACAGCAAACCCUUGUCUUCAUGUAAUGGCUUGUUUGAGGAAACCUUAACCCGCAGUCUGGAAGUAAUGCUAAGCCGAGGAUCUUGGUUUUGUAAUCCCCACUCAUUCUAGAAGAAAGGUGAAGCAGGAGCUAUUUGCACAUUCAUGGUAAACUGUUAAUUAAUAUUUAUAUGGUGUGCAAAUAAGUUCCUAUGAAAGAGUUGAAAUCUUAGUCUUUAUAGUUGAAUUAUAAUUUAUUUAUUUUUAUUUUAAGGUUUGAGCAGAUUCAAGAAAUCCAAGUCACUACUUGUUUUGCUACUACCAAAUUUUAAACCACCUUUUUCCUUCACAGAGCAAAUUCGCUUAAAGAAUUUAAGAAAAGUGUAUGGAAGAUGCCUGUGGUAUCGAUUACGGUUGUUAAAACCCCAGCAGAAUAUAAUUCCCACCAUAAAGUAAGUAUCGUUUAUUAUCUAGAAUUUCUGUUCUGCUACUGUAGUUAAUUCAAUGUUACUUUUCAGUUGAAAAUGUAAUGUUGCUUUCUGUAGUAUGAUGCCGGACGAUCAUCCAUAGGUCUUAGUAGACUUGUGGGUGGACUGACGGGAUCAUAACUAUAAAGAAGCUAUAAAGAAACUAUAAAGAAGAUCAAAGGUUGAACAACACAUCAUGGAAGGAUUCCACUGGGAAUCCAAAGUGAAUGGUUUGGAUCUGCAACUUUACUAAGGAAUUAUGCUCCUGAUUUUAAACUGUGUUCUGGGGUUCUUAAGAAGUUUAUUGGGGGUUCUUCAAUGUGAACAUAAGUAGCAGACAAACUUCACUGAAGGAUGAGUUACCCAUCACUAUUGAUAUUAUCUUAAGAAGUCUAGACAAAGGGAGGUGUUGGGUCUAUUUUAGGUGAAAUUAAUUAUGUGAAAUUAUGGAGGCCUGAUACUUUACAUGGAUUUGGAAUGUGAUGCAGAACAAUCCUACAGUCUUUUGUGUUUCAUGGGGUUCCAUGGACACCAUAGAUUUCUUGGCAGAUGAGUGUGUGUGGAGAGGGUUUCCUUAAGAAGUAUGAAUUAACUGGUUUGAAUGAAUUUACUUCACUGUUCUAUUAAGGCAGGUGUGCGGAGCCUUUGACCUCCAGAUGUUGCUGAACUACAACUCUUAUCCUUGACUAUAGGCUCUGCUUGCUGGGGCUGGUGGGAGUUGUAGUUCAGCAACAUCUGGAGUGCUAAAGGUUCCCCACACCUAUAUGAAGGCGUGUAUUGAGAAAUCCACAUUGGUUUCGCCUUCUUGGCAAGACAGCUUAUAUAGAUGCUUCCACUUGGUCAUCUGCUUCAGUGCACCACACACAAAACCCUUCCAUGCUUGUGUUCCCUUUUUAUAGAGUGCUACAGAGAGGAAUCACAUGCCCCAUGAUGGGCAUUCCUCCACAAUGAAAGGAAUAGGAGUUAAUAACUUAGAACUGAAGAGAGAUGCGUAAAAUUCUGGGGAAUGCUUAUUCAGUUUGCAUUGGUGAUAUUAUUCUGUUCCCAUUAAUUAUGAGAGGGAAUAGCUCUGCGUUUUUGGCCAUUGGGAUUUUUGUCUGUGAUACUGUCUUUUCCCAGCAUAUUCAUACAAACUGGUGGCAUACAUGUCUGAAAUUCUUACUUUAAUCUUUCAACUUCAACAGGAAAAUAGUUCUGCUUGCUGGAUGGGCACUGUUUUUGUUUCUUGCUUACAAAGUUUCCAAAACAGACAGAGAAUAUCAAGAAUACAAUCCAUAUGAAGUAUUAAAUUUAGACCCAGUAAGUAAUAUCCUUUACUAUUUAAUUUAGUUUUAAUUCAGUUCGGCAUAAAUUUACAUGUACAGAAUAGAAUAAUGGGAAGGUUAAAGUAGAUUUGAACAUGCUCAGCUGCCUAAAUGUAAUAAUACCAUAUACACCUUAGUUAUUUUUUCUGAUUAAGCAGUUUAUAAAACUUUAUAAAUAAAAAAAUAUGGGGCACAUAUUUACGCAUAUAUUCUUUCAAACAAGAUUCACUAUUCAAAGUGCUCUGUAAGUUAUACUUAUCAAUAAGCAAUAAAAUGAAGAUGGUAAUGGUAGCAAUGGCAGAAAUUUGAUAGGGGCAUAUCCUUCAGUCCUUUCCAGUCUGGGUUGGCAGUUUUGGACUGACAUGACUUUGGUGGGCAAUCCGUGCUUGAGCCUGGACAGGGAGGUUGUAUCCCCACUGAUUCUUAUGGGCUUCUCAGAAUUCUUUGGUUCCACUGAACCUAUUGGGACGAAUUGAACAUGAUACUAAGGUGAUCAUAUCAUCAGGUCAAGUAUUUGGGUUGGGGGAAUCCCCUUUUCCUCCCACACUGCAUACUGAUCUGGGGUGGUCAGUUUGGUUCCAACUGAAUAAGAGUCCUUUCAGCAUAUAGCUGUGGACAUGAACCCUUUAUGAUACAUCUUUGCCUUCACUUUGAUUGUCUAUUGAGUGGUGCUGAGAAAUUAGAGCAGGUGUCUUAAGCGGUAGAAGUUCUCAUUAAUAGGUUUGAUAUAACUAACUUGAAACUUUUACCUUAAUAGGGAGCAACUGUGUCAGAAAUUAAAAAGCAGUACCGUUUGCUAUCAUUGAAAUACCAUCCAGAUAAAGGAGGCGAUGAAGUUAUGUUUAUGAGGAUUGCAAAGGCAUAUGCAGCGUAAGUUUCUUAAUAAGUUCUGUAUAUAGGAUGGGAGGUUGAUAAUGCAGGCUAAUACUUGUUGAUACUUAACAUCAUGAUCUAAAUCUGAGUCACUUCAUCAUGCGAUGUCAGCAAUUGCUGCAGUAACAGCCUAAUAUUGCUUGUACUGAUUCUUGUCUUACCCUAGCUAAUUAGUAUAUCUCCUCCUAAAUGAGUAAGUUGAAGUUGCAAAAAACCCAGCUUGUAAAGUAGAUUAAUAUCAUCUUCUAGCACUCAGGUCUAUUGGUUUAGGAAAUCUCAUCUGAUAGCUUUAUUGUACUGAUGCUUUGCUCAUUUUGCCCCACCUUUAUGCUCUAGCACUGCAAUCUCUGCUAAAAUACUUUGUAAAACUCCAGAGACAUGGUGCAAAUUUGCAUGAUUUCCAUAAAGUUGGUGGUAAAUUUGGAACUCUGUGUAGCCCUUUGCUGAUAAACUUCCCUUUUGUUUGUUUGGAAUGAACAUCUGGGUGGUCAAAUAAGUUGUAGUCACUGAACAGCAGAGGGCACUGUUCCCUUAAGGAACAGUCAAGGAAGUAUUGAGGGGUUUUCUAACAUGCUUUCUGCCUUCAUUUGCUAGUUUAACUGAUGAAGAAUCUCGAAAGAAUUGGGAAGAAUUUGGCAAUCCUGAUGGGCCACAAGGUAGACCUAUAACAACUCCUCCUCCUCCUCCUCCUCUUCCUCCUCCUGUCUCCCUUCUGAUUGGGUUGCCCAAGCCACUCUAUAUAUCUAUAUCUAUAUCUAUAUCUAUAUCUAUAUCUAUAUCUAUAUCUAUAUCUAUAUCUAUAUCUAUAUAUCUGAGUUUAUUUAGUACUCCAACUUUUGUCCUUUCUGGUGGUGGUUGGAGUUUUAUUCAUUUUGUUCACUGUUACACAUCUUUGCACCAACUGCACUUUCCCAUACACCCAAAUCUAGCAUUUUUUACUGAGCCUCCCCCCCCCCAACUUAAUUAUCCAAAUAACCAGCCUGGAAAAUUUCUACAUGUUUUGCUUUGUGAAUUGAUUUUGAUGGGUAAGAACCUCAAAUGCAGUGUUGUCCAGCACUUAAUUAUAUUAAAAUACAUGUAAAUGAGUAACACUGACAUAAAUGAUUGCUUUUGUGCAGGCAGAGAUUGCAGCCAUAAUAUGCAAUACUUUGUAUGUGCAGUUUCCUUAUUACUCCAGUACAGUCACACAUGGUGUUCUCUGCCUGCAAAGAACCAACUCGCUGUGAAGCUGUAGCCAGGGAGCUGGCAGUUGUAUGGUGAGUUCCAAUUGCCAUGGCAUCAGCAGCACUGGGAGCUUGCUCUGUAGGCAUAGCUCUUCAGUAAGCUAUUCAGCUGGUCUGAAACCAGAUUGAAAUGGUUCUGAUAAUGAGUAUCAUUCAGAUGAGCUUGCAUGGCAGCCACCUGAUCACACUUUGGCCAAGAAGGCGAUAUUUGCAACUAGCCAAUAGUUGUUACAAUUUUCCACGUCUAAGGAAAAGUUCUUUUAGGAGCAAUCUCACAACCUCCUGUUUCAAGGCAGCUGGGACUUGAUUAGUUUCAUAAAGGAGCAUUCACCACUUCCUGGACCCAGCUGGUAUUCUUUCCCUAUACAUAGUUCUUUUUCAAGUGGUUAUCUGUGCUUUUUUUUUUUACAAAAAUCUGCUCACCCUUCCUCCUCCAAGUACCUUUUGUUUCUUGGUGCAUGUGAGGGAGUUGAAUGGAAAGGGCUAACCUAAUCUCUCAAGCCAUGCAUCAGUAGCAAAGGAUUCCCAUGAGGGUUAAGAACCUGAGCAUCAGCUCCCUGACUAGAACUCUAGAAUAUCCCAAUAGUUUGUUCUGCACAAAUGUGAAACUCUAUAUGUGAUUGCACAGACGGUCGUUUCAAGAACUUUAGUUCCUGUUUUCCCAACAUACAGGAAGUACUGGGAUAUAUUUUUUUUAAAUCCACAAUAUAUACAGCUUACACAAAUGCAUGAAUUCAUUUGAGUUUACUGUCUUACUAUUUCGUAACCUGUUUUCUUGUUCUCUGCAGCUACAAGCUUUGGGAUUGCGUUGCCAGCUUGGAUUGUGGAUCAGAAGAAUUCUAUUUUGGUAUGGUAACAUUCUGUUCUCUGCCAGUUUAACUGUUCAAGCUGAAAACCACAGUGCAGAUUACUUAUGCGUAUUCACGGGUUCUGUAGUCGUUUUCAGAAAGGUGACGAUCCAUGCAUGCAGGAUAUUUAUAAGCUUUGGCUUUUCUGUAACCAGCUGUGAGGAAGUGCUUAUGCACUUGCCCAUUCAGAGUUGUGGACUAGUUUUGUAAAGAGUUAAAAUGCAUCUAAAAUGCUUCAGCCCUGGAAUGGUGCACCCCUUGGAGUAUUUAAAAUGGUCUAGCAAGAAAAACUUAAGGUGGGCUUUCAGUACAAAUCUUAAAAUAUCCUACUUGAUUGCUUGUAAGUUUCUGAAAUUUUUACUCUAAGUGCUCAGUGGUUUAGUCCUUCAAACACCUUAACAUAUGGCUGUAAUGGUGAAGACUGAUUGCUCUAUCUGUAAUUACUUAUGGCUUGGUCAGAAUGUCUGAUUUUCUCCCAUUAUAUUCUUCUAGGUCCUGCUUGUUUAUGGAUUGGCAUUUAUGGUUAUUCUUCCAGUGGUUGUGGUAAGUAUUUAGGAAAGGGAAAAGGUGCAUUUUGGUAAAAGCUGGGGCUGCAGGCUCACUGGGCUUACAACCAUAUUCCACCUGCUCAUUCAUUGGCCCUGUAAGCACACUUUUACAAUGCAGAGUGUCAGAACUGGAGGCUAUAUUAUUUUGACAUAUUUCAAUGAAAUUAAUAGCUGUCACUUUUUCCUGUCUUGAAUGUUUUAGGGUUCCUGGUGGUAUCGAUCAAUACGCUACAGUGGAGACCAGAUUCUCAUCCGCACCACCCAGAUUUAUACCUAUUUUGUUUAUAAAACAAGAAACAUGGAUAUGAAAAGUAAGUUUCAAAGCACCAGUUAAAAGGAUGAAUUGUUGAAUUCUGCACUCAUUUGACUGUUCUUCAGCGUUUAAAAAUGUAACUCUCUGUGUGGAUUGCCUAAGCAUUCAAUGGAUCAAUGUUUCAGUAUGCUUAGGGGUUUCCUUUAGAAUGCUGCUCAGUUCCUUCAGGGAGACAUGGGAACUUAGGAUGGUAAGUAAAGUGGUGCUGCCACUUUAGACUCAGGUGGAGAUUUGCAUGACUUAAUGCUCUUCCUCCUAUAACCCUCUCUUGCCACAGAUAAAGAAUUAACACAUCUGAGUGAAAGCUAGGCUAAAACAGUUUUCCGUGAAAUACAGUUUUUAAUGCAGAUUUUUUUUUUAGCAGUUAUGUGAGCUUCUCCUUGCAGUGGUACAGUUCAGAUAUAUGCCUGCCUACCUCAGUGAGAACUAGGCCCAUUGUGGUGGCUGAGAAAACAGCUCCCGCCAGCUUUUAUUGUAUCCUGAUUUCCUUGUCUGGAAGCAGACCUGUGGGCAGUGGGAAGGCAUGCUAACACUUUUUUUUGGAGCUGGGCAACUGUAGUAAAAGGGUAUUUCCAAAUGCUUGCUUUGUAUUUAUAUUCUGGUUUUCUUUGCAGGGCUUAUAAUGGUUUUAGCAGGUGCUUCCGAAUUUGACCCGCAGUAUAAUAAAGAUGCAACAAGCAGACCUGUAGACAACAUUCAAAUACCACAGGUUUGCUAUUGCUGAGAAAUGUUAAACUACGAGUGUUGGUGCCAAAAUAUUAUUUAGUUAACCCCCUUCCGUUUGUCGUUUCAGCUAAUCAGGGAAAUUGGCAGCAUUAAUCUGAAGAAAAACGAACCUCCUCUUACCUGUCCUUACAGCCUGAAGGCCAGAGUGCUCUUACUGGCUCACCUUGCCAGAAUGAAAAUUCCUGAGACACUUGAACAAGGUACCUUGCUUGAGAAACCACAACAGCAUGAGGCUAGAACUAGGCCUUGAAGUGGAGCAUGUCAAGUCAUAAGUUCUGGUCUUAUCACUCUCUUGGUUUUUAUGGCCAGGCAUGUGUGCACUGUAUUUUUUUUAAAAAAGAAAAACCACAAAGGGAUCCAUAUUCCAUGCUAAGAAAGUGGAAUUAUGCAGCCUGAUAAAUACACUGAAUAACUUACUUUCAUUAGGCAUCAUUUAUAGCUUUUAGUCCUGGAAACCAUAUUGCACAUUUGAAAUCUUGCCUCUACCCCUGGGCAUAUCAAAACCUCUCUGGCUUCUGAGGUCUGAAGCUGCACCAAGCAAAAUUGGCUUCCCCACUCAGAUGUCAAAGAGAGAAAUAAUUAUACGACCUUCCGUAAUAUCUGAAGGCAGCCCUGUAUCGGGAAGCAUUUCAUGUGCUGUUUUCAUUCUGUUGUGUUUUUGUAUAUUCUGUUGGUAGCUGCCCAGAGUGGCUGGGGCAACCCAGUCAGAGGGGCAAAAUUGGACACAAACCAAUUUGAAAGUUUCAGGCUCUUCUGUGGAUGAAAGUGUCACAAACUGUGAAUCUUUCUUUUGACCUCUUGAAUCGGACUUCUUUGGGUUUUAGGGUUUUUUUUGGGGGGGGGGUUAUUACAGGGUUGAGAAGAGGUAAGUGUUGCAAAUAUAUCACCUCUCACAACCCUGUCCCCCCCUUUUUUUUGCAGAAGGGAAAGGAAAAACACUUUCUCACCCACCUACGGAGUUCCUGUUGAUUAGGCCUCCUCAGUGUCAUUGCAGUAUUAUUUUGAAGUGCAGCAUUUUACCUUUCUGCUUCUAUCCAUUUACUUAGGGUCACAUAAAGGGGCACACUCAGACACUACUGGGUUGGGGAGCUAAAAUGUCCCUCUGCUCUUGAUAACUCCAACCAUUAAAAAAAAAAAAUCAAAACCUGCUCCUAUCUUGUUUAAUUCAUUUGGACACAAUGGUCACAGAGUAGGACGGAGCUCCAAGGAAGGGACUUAGUUCAGUGUUAGCUCACCUGUUGGUUGCAUGUUGAAGGUUUCAGGUUCAAUUUCUGGUGCCUCCCUAGAGAGCUGCUGCCAGUUGGUGUAAGCAAUACUAAACUAGAUGGACCAAUGGUCUGAAUUGGUAUGAGGUAGCUCCCUGUGUUGCUGUUGCUUGAAAGAGGCCAUUUCAGCACUUGUUUGACAAGUUGCGCCUUCUACAAUUCCCUCCCUUUUUAUUAGCCUACACAGCAAAGGUGGCUAACCUGUGGCCCUCCAGAUGUUUUUGGACUACAGUCCCAGCCACAAACACCGGUGAUCAGGGAUAUUGUAGACCAUCAUCAUCUGGAGGGAGGAGAGAGAUGUACAUACAGUAAAGCAAUUGAAAGUGAUCAUGCUUUAGUUUUAGGUAAAUCUUAAGUAUAAGAUUGUUCUAAAGGGUGACACGAUUUUGAAAAAGUGGGAUGGGCCACACAUUAUGACACUUCUGUCUGUAUAAACAUAAGGAACAUAUGGCAAGGAGAUAUUAAUAGCAGUAUAACAUAAUCAAAAAAUGAGACAAAAGCUACACUGUGUGGCAAGAUUUACCUUAUAUACAGAACUGUUGAAUGUCUUAUGUCUUGCAGAUCAGCAGUUUAUCUUGAAAAAGUGUCCUGCUUUGCUUCAAGAAAUGGUUAAUGUAAUCUGCCAGCUAAUCAUAAUGGCACGUAGCCGUGAAGGUAAGAAUAAGCUUUAUUAUAUCCCAGCUUGUAAAAUAUACCUUCACACCCUCAUGAAUUCUACAAGAUAUCGAUAAUUUCCCCCUCAGAAUAAUUUGUUUCUAGGAGAUACAGGCAAUUUAUUAGGGAAAUAGUUAUAGAAAGAAGUAGCCAAUUUUCUGUAAAGAAAGAGAAAUUUUCUUAUGUGAAGUUGGCAUUUCAUGUAUUAUUUUUUUUAAAAAAGGCUUUUACUGACUUAUGUCAAAUCAAUAUCUAAGGGAGGUCUCCAACAAAGUAGUUACAUUAGCCCAAAGAUUUCCAUUUGCACAACUGACCUUAACACCCCUCUCCUCCCCUUGCCCUUCAGAACAGAUUUAUGGGGUACAGAGUGUGAGGAGGGGGGGAUUCUGUUGCACUACUAGAAGUCCUUGUGCUAAUGGAACUACUUCAUACCACCCUAAAUAUUUAUUUUGAAAAUAAGAUACUAAAGUGGGUAUUAAACUGUGUUGCAUUACUACACAAAACUUUGAAACAAAACAGUUUUUUUUUUAAAAAAACCAGUCUUCCCCCUUUUAAUAUUCUCUCCAGUUUCACUGAAGUAUGUAGUACAACCUUAGAGAAUUGACGUAUUUAGUAAAAACGCUUGUUGUAUUAAUUCCUGAGUUACUGAAAUGUCUCACUAACAGUUAAGUAUACAUUAUUUUUCUCCUUCUCUCCCAUUCCUCCAGAAAGAGAGUUUCGUGCUCCAUCAUUGGGUUCUCUGGAAAACUGCAUGAAGCUUUCACAGAUGACUGUUCAAGGGCUUCAGCAGUUUAAAUCUCCACUCCUCCAACUCCCACACAUUGAAGAGGACAAUCUCAGACGGGUUUCUAAUCAUAAAAAGGUAAGGUUCUGUAGGUCAUCAGGAGCCAUGUUCAAACUAACUUGCUCAAUCUAUGACUUGGAAAAAGUUAAUUCCACAAUGCCUUGACUCCGUUACUUAAUUUUCCAGAGAGUGCCACUGUUCAUACUUUCUGUUCCCACUGUGAUAGAUGUUAGCAAUAUCAAUAAAUUAUGUGGUAGUGGGUUUUAUUUUUGGAAAAUAGAAUUUUUGCUUUUUUUUACCCAGUACAAAAUCAAAACCAUCCAAGACCUAGUGAGUUUAAAAGCAUCGGAUCGCCACAAUUUACUGCACUUCCUUGAAGAUGAAAAAUAUGAAGAUGUUAUGGCUGUCCUUGGCAGUUUUCCACAUAUCACCAUGGAUAUAAAACCCCAGGGUAGGUGGUGUUCUAAAUGUCUGCUCCUCAUUAUUUGGUAUGCAUUCAUGGUGCACUUAAUGGUGUCUGUAGAAUUUAAAUUGUUUAGCCUUAAGGAAUUGCAGAUUUCCUGCAUUCUGUAGUCUUAGAUUUAGAGUUUGAGAAAGCUCUAGCUUGCAAGCCUAUCUUGGACUGCCAAUGGGUCCAAUUUGGCCUACAAAGUCGUUUCUCCUUUGCCAUGCCCACUUACCAAUCAGAAGACAUCAUCAGGUAACAUCAGUUGAUGGGCAGAGAGUCCAAUCCUGUGUCUCAGCAGCAUAUUUCCUGUGAGGAACACUCUGGUGAACCAAACACCUCUCCACACUCCUUGUGCCACAUUCAGAAAGUCCCUUGAGUCUUAACUUUCAGUUGGAUGGCUGGUUAAAGGUGCCAGUGAGGGCUUUAAGUUGCAUUUUCAAACUUCUUUUAAGAUACUCUCAAGUAGGAUUGCAGUCAUAAAUUUGACAGCUGAGUGAAGCUUAUUUACAAGGAAGCUAUUAAAUUGGGGGAAAAAACCAGCGUAAAUUGAUGUAUCCUUUCACCCCUUCCUCUUCCUUCCCAAGUUUUGGAUGACGAGGACAGCAACAACAUCACAGUAGGAUCGCUCGUUACAGUUUUGGUCACCCUAACAAGACAGACAAUGGCAGUAAGUAUUCUUAUUUGCACACAUUAUUUUUGGGUUCAAACUUUCAAAAAUGUAUAUUGAGCAAAAAAAACUUACUUCCAUCUAACUGCACAUCUGGUUCAUAAAUUGAGCAGCAGUGGUCAAUGAUAUGCCCUGAGUCAUCAUUGAUGGCCAAGGACCAUAUUUCAGUGGUAGAGCCCCUGCUUUGCCUACAGAAGUCCCAUGUUCAAUCCCUGGCCUCUCCAAGUAGGGCUGGGAAAGGCCCUACUUGGAGACCUGAAGACCUCAGGACUGUCUGAAACUCAGCAGUACUGAGCUAGAUGGGAUCAGUGGUCUCUAUAUAAGGCAGGUUCCGAUGUUCUCAUGUAUUAAGGGUCACUGAAGAUAAAACACCAGAGAGAAGAAAAUUUCAGACCUCACAUUCACAUACUUUUUUGUGCAGUCAGCCUCACAUACUCAGCUGCCAAUCAUUUGGAAAGCAAGUGAUUUCAUGGUGGUUAACCAGUUUUGUAGACUGGAUGUAGGAUAAUAAUAAUAAUAAUAAUAAUAAUAAUAUUUAUACCCUGCCACUCUGGGCAGCUCCCAACAGAAUAUUAAAAACACAAUAAAACAUCAAACUUAAAAAACUUCCCUAAACAGGGCUGCCUUCAGACGUCUUCUAAAAGUCAGAUACAGUGGUACCUCAGGUUACAUAUGCUUCAGGUUACACACUCCGCUAACCUAGAAAUAGUGCUUCAGUUAAGAACUUUGCUUCAGGAUAAGAACAGAAAUUGGGCUCUGGUGGCGUGGCAGCAGCAGGAGGUCCCAUUAGCUAAAGUGGUGCUUCAGGUUAAGAACAGUUUCAGGUUAAGUACGGACCUCUGGAACAAAUUAAGUACUUAACCUGAGGUACCACUGUAGUUGUUUGUUUCCUUGACAUCUGAUGGGAGGGCGUUCCACAGGGCGGGUGCCACUACCGAGAAGCCUCUCUGUUAAUAACUAGAAUCUUCAUAUGUUUGAGGAGUGAGCUAGUGCCUUGCCCAUUCGGAACACUGAGUCGAUCAUGAAUUCAUGUUGUUGGUAUUGUGAGACUAAUAGACUUUGCUUGCCUCCCUAUUCAGGAAGUAUUCGAAAAAGAGCAGUCGACCUGUUCAGCUGAAGAGCAGCCUGCGGAGGAUGGCGUAAGUUCAGAACUAGUGGUUUUGGGUGACUAUGUUGCAUCUCAAUGAGCUCCUUAUGUUAGAAAUAAAUGGAAAUACAGCUACAUUAAAAGCAUGCUCCUCUGCUGUUUGCAUAAGUAUCCCACUUAACCCUGUCUCACUUAACCAUGGCUGUCAAGAGCAGUGUGAUCGAUGUUGGAAACUAGAGCAGAUCUGCGCCUGCUAAAUCUCGCGUGCAGCCACCAUUUCUGAUGAUAGUUAUGCAGUGUCUUGUCUCAUCUUGGCUUGCCUUUCUCAUUGCCUUGGCUUUUCCCUCCACCAGCUGACAUGUAGCAUGUGUUGUCCAUUGGCACUGGGGAGGCUGGCUAUCAAACGGAAUGCUCUGAGAUCCAGAGGUGUCCUGGCGGAUACUGUUGCCCGAAGGCUUGCUACUUUGCUACAAACUUAAAAGGCUCUGAGGUUAUCGGUUGUAACCUUGAAAGCAGCUUGACGUGGAAGCGUCCACUCUUGAUGUUAAACCCUUGUUUACUUUGCAGCAAGGCGAUGCUAACAAAACGAAGAGCAAAGGAUGGCAGCAAAAGAACAAAGGGACAAAGAAGGCUUCAAAAUCAAAGAAGAAGAAAGUUGUGAAAAAGAAGCCUGCACCAGCCCCUCUUCAGCAGACAAAGCAGCAGAAGCAAAAGCAAGCAAAUGGAGUUGCAGGGAGUGUAUGUAUCAGCACAGAUGGGAGUGGGGAGGAGCGGCUAAGCUAUGGGACCUAACAGAGAGCACUGACUAAAAUCCUAGGGAAAAGUAGAGUAGUGUUUAAGGCAGCCCUUUUAGAAGUCAAAAUCAAGCCAACAAGCUGCAUAUUGUAGGCAGUGUAAAAUCACCUUACUCAGGUUAGAAAAAACUCAGGUUAGAAAAAACAAUGCUGUUAUUCAGGAUUCGAAGGCAGGCCCCUAUAUCAGUUGACAGAAAGUAAUGUUGCUGUCCAUCCUUAUCUAGGACUCACAGAGCGGAGACGGGGGUGUGUAUAUGUAUUACAUCACACACACACACACACACACACAUAUAUGUUUAUCUAUGAAUAAAAACUGCAGUAUAUCAGACUUUGAUUUUAGAUAGAAUUUGAUAACAUGGCUUCAUUUGUUUCAUUAGGAAAUAUUAGUUGUCAGCCUUUUCGUAAGAUUUUUCUAACCGUUCUUUGAAGAGAUGGACAUGGCUACAGCAGAUGCCAGGAACCUUUCACCUGCGGGCCACUUUUGGCCUGUAAAGCCGUUUUCCCCAAACCAUGACUGCCUGUCCCACACAAGACAUCAUUUGUGACAUCAUGUGUAGGGCAGGUAGGUAGGGCAGGGCAGUGCAGUUGGGGGCAUUGAAGUGUGCUCCUGAUUUUGCAUUGGCAAGAGAAAGCAGGUUUUGUCUUUACUGCCCAUCAGCCGUUGGGUGAUAGAGCUAAAGUCUACUGCAUCGACUGCAUGUGGCACUUUGAAGUCCCAAAUCACUUGGCAUAAUUGUGACAUCGAGUGAUUGACAGGUGGCAUUCCUGCCUGCCUAUCAAAUUUGUCCUGCAGUGCUGAAAAGCCAUCCAUGAAAUGGAAGGAUUCAGUGCAGUAUUUGAACAAAUCUUCUGUUCCAUCUUAUGCCAUCAGUGUCAGAGCUCUUGAGUACUGUUGUUAAAGUAAUCACAGGAUUGUCCUUUUUCUGUAGGAAGUUGUAAAGGAAGACGAAGAUGAAGUUUCUGAUAAAGGGAGUGAAUCUGAUGAAGAUGACACUAAUAGAGACUCUUUAAGUGACAAAGAUGAUGGAAGCGACAGAGACUCCGACAGAGAACAAGACGAGAAACAAAGCAAGGAUGAUGAAGCUGUAAGGCUCACUUGUCAGUGUGUGAUGUCAUUGCAAUGUAACAUCAAUAAUAGGAUGGUGGUCGGCUGAUUAUAACCAUGUGUACUGGGAAAACUUUUUUGUCGUUAAGAGGGCCGUCAGAGUUCUUGCAUCUGUGAAAAGGGGGAAAUGCUGUUUCUCAGCUAAGAGCAUUGUUGAAGGGAAUAAAUCAAAGACUGCUAGUCAUGAUAAGCACUCCAGUAUCAGAAGCAGUCUGCUUCUGAAUAUCAUUUGCUAGGAAUCACAAGUGGAAAGAGUGCUGCUGUGCUUGGGUCCUGCUUGUGGGCUCCCAAUAGAUACCUGGCUGGCCACAGUUCAUAAAAUGCUGGAUUAGAUGGGCCAUUGGUCUUUACCAGGACUGUUCUUAUGCUGGAAAAACACACAGACGCACAUUUGUAUGCACGUCUCGAUAAUGGAUGAGCUUCCUGUAUAAUUCCCCAUAUAAAAUCUCCACUCUGCAUUAGAAGCUAUGAUAGUACUGUAUAGUAAUUAUUGCAUUGCAUAAGUUUGUGCACGCUUGGUUCUAGAACUAGAAUUCUGGAAGACUGUGUCUCAGCAAUGUAUAGGCUACUGCUUAUAAUAUUUUAAGUGCAGAGAGGACUGAUGGGUGAGGAAAAGAAUUGGGAUAUUGUUGAUACGGAGAAAAUCCAUGCCUUGGUUGCAGAAUAUAAAGCUCUGAAGCUGGUUAUUUCUGUAAUAUGGAAAUAUGUUGGGGGUUUUAUUGAAAGAUGGCAAUGAUAACUGGUAAGAACUGAUUUCAAAAAACUUUGUCCUAUCAUCAUUGUCAGUAACAUUAAGAUGUUUGUAUUCCCGUUUUCAUUCACCUACACUUCCUACCACGUUGUGAAAUUACUUUCUAAAAUAUGCUGAAUACCUCUUCUCUCUCCAUUAGGAGUGGCAGGAAUUACAGCAGAGUAUACAGCGCAAGGAACGGGCUCUCUUGGAAACCAAAUCAAAAAUAACCCAUCCUGUGUACAGUCUCUACUUUCCUGAGGUCAGCAGAUGGAGAGCUAAAUAAUGUUGCAUUGAAAUCAUUCUCCUUUUGACAAGUUAUAAAGCCAAUUUAAGUAUAAAACUUGAUUCUGAAAUUAAUAUUAUAAAGCUUUUUUUAAAAGCUUUCAUGACAGUUGUUCACAAAAUAAGGGAGACCUGAAGACUUCAAACUCUGCAGUACCUGGCUAUCUUUCUGCACAGCCAUACUCUUAUACUUCCCCCAUUUGUUCAGGAGCAGUUCCCAAUGUGGUGUUCUUGUAAAGUGGUAUAGGAAACUGCAGUCUCUUGAGUUUUGCUGGGGAUCUUGGCAAUAACUUCUUUAGAUAUUCCAUGCUGUACUCUCUGCAGAAUGUUGAGCUGGGAUUUGCUGAGGUUGUAUCUUCUCAUUAGACUACUAAAUAAGCUAUUUCGUGAUAAGUGGAGCUAAGAACUGCACAGGUUGCCGUGGAACCUUGCCCUCAUAUUCAGUUCCAUAAACAUACUGAUUUCCUGGCAUGCUUAUGUUUACCACCCAUCUGCUUGAAAAGAGCAUUGCCCACUCCACAGGUAGUGUGCCAGCUUAAUCCAGACAUGCACUCUAUUCUAUCAGUGAUCUGCUUAAAAAGGAAACCUUUAGAACAGAAAUCUAAAUCUUUCUUGUCAAGCAGUGCCAAAUAUUGGGCAACAUGCUUAGUUUUGUCUGACACUUAAGACUGCUCUGUUUCUUCAAAAUUGUGCCAAUCUCAUUAAUAUUGGCUUGCCAUAUGAACAGUUUAUUCUUUGUUCAUCUGCCAUGCUAGAGUGCAGAACUAGCCAUUGUGAUUAAUAUUUUAGUAACACAACAGCCUUUAUUUUUUUGAAAACAAUUGCUCUCUUUUUAAUCCCUAUUUAGAGAGUGUUUUGUACCAUUGGGAGUGCAAAUUAACACACAUCAGUUAGAUCUGUUUUGUGGAAAUUGGAAACACUGGAAAUCUGUUUACACAAAAUUAAGUACCACAAAACUGAAACAAGCAGACCCUUCUAUGAAAGGUAGAAAUAUUGACCCCUAACAGAGUGCUCAUGGUCAGGAUGCCAGCUGCAUCCUCUUUGAGGUCACUAUAACUUGUGGUGGGCUCAAGCAGGCCAGCUUAACUCCCUCCCCUCUCAUUUUCAGUUUUUCAACCUACUAAAACUCCUGGAAGUCACAGAGAACCCCAUCCCUAUUUGGAUAUUUCUGGGAGGGGGGGGCGUUGUACAUGUAAGAACGGACACUUCACUGUUCACCUGAGCAUUUGAUGCCUGUCUGUUCCUGUUGUGACCCUAUUUGGCUCAGUCAUGUUGGCACUCAAACACCUGAGUCUACUAUUAAAAGAAGCAAAUAGAUACCAAAGACGGACAGGACAGGCAGUACUGGCGUGGUCAUGGAGACGACCCUAUUAUGGACUCUCUAGAUCUCUCUUCUUAAGUGGCGUUUAAUCUAGGCAAUUUAGGCCUAGUUAUCUCAAGCAGUUGGUAAGGCGAUAAAUCGGUGUGCCAGGUAUAUUAUUUAUUAUUAGUUUACUAUUUUAUUUUGUCUACUUAUGCAACACUUACUAGAUCUAAAAUAUCGAAAUGGUUUACAAUAAGGAGUCAGAGACUAAAGCAGUGAAGAGUCAAGGGGUCUAUAUCCCUUUGUAAUGCAGGUGGCAGCUCUCAUAUGAUUGGGCAGAAGAUUCUGACACAGAAGACAAGCAUGUAAAGGAAAAAGCUAGGCUUAGAACCCUCCUUCCCAACAUCUAACUUUCUGUAUUCAUAAAGGGGCAAUCCAUAUUGACAGCUUCUAACCUCAGUCUAAAUCAGGCUUCCUCAACCUCGGCCCUCCAGAUGUUUUGAGACUACAAUUCCUAUCAUCCCUGACCACUGGUCCUGCUAGCUAGGGAUCAUGGGAGUUGUAGGCCAAAAACAUCUGGAGGGCCAAGGUUGAGGAAGCCUGAUCUAAAUGAAGUAGUAUAGUUGAGACCCAAACCUAGCACUUCAUCUGUGCUUUCCAAAAACGUCACUGCCUAAAAUGGCAAUAUUUUGACUCCCUGGUCUAUAUUAAGGGUGGUGAGGUGCAGCAAGGAAGAAGCUAAGAAAGCUUUCUUGGGAUGAGCCAAUUCAACCAAAGCGCUUGCAGCUCCUGCUGAAUGUACAAAAAUGCACAAGUUUUCAAAUUGAAAAUUCAGUUUCACUGAUCUAGGUAAGGCUUUCUUUUUCUUUUUUCUAACGUCCUCCCUAUUUUUCUCCUGAACAGGAAAAGCAAGAAUGGUGGUGGCUAUAUAUAGCAGAUAGGAAGGAACAAACACUAAUAUCUAUGCCAUAUCAUGUGUGUACACUAAAAGAUCGGGAAGAGGUAAAGUAUCAUGUUACUUUCCAACAUUUGUUUGAACCACUGGUGUAGCAGUAAGAUACUUAUUCCCAUUGACACUCUUAUUCUUAAAAAAACACCCCCAAACCCAGCAAGUAUAAGUCUCUCCUCUCUUCCAAGGGAAAGGAGCUACACCUCUCAAAAGUAGAUACAAAUAAUUAAUAAAAGAGAACUAAUAAUGGCUGCUGUUUAACUUGUUGAGCAAUCAUGGGGCACCCAUUAUUCUUGGUGGUGGUGGUGGUGGUUAUUGGUUUCUAUUGAUUUAUUAGUUUAUUUCUUGCUUGUACAGUAUAGGAUAUUUUGUUUUUUAAUGUUUGAUGCUUUGUUGUGUUUUAUAUAUGUUGUAAGCCACCCAGAGUGGCUGGGGAAAUCCAGCAAGAUGGGCAGGAUAUGAAUUUUAAAAACAUUGUUAUAAUAUUAUUAUGAUUAUGGGCUUUUCUGUUCAUUUUAUCAAAACUGUUUCACAGCUCUGCUUGUAAAUGUCUGCUUAUAACUUGAUGUUGUUGUGGAUUAAUUUUGUCUCUAGGUAGAACUAAAGUUUCCUGCACCUGGCAAACCUGGAAACUACCAAUAUACGGUUUAUUUAAGAUCAGAUUCCUACAUGGGCUUGGACCAGAUUAAACCAUUGAAGGUAUGCUCUCUUAACACUUGCGGGUUUGGGAGGGGAGUUUUUGCAAAUUCACUGCAGAGAUUGAAGGUGACUGUUGCUAUAUAGAAUUUAAUGUACACAGUCUUGUGCUAUUCUACAAUUGUGAUUUCUUCAUCAAUGCUGGGUUUUUCAUUUAACCAAAGGAUCGUUUAUCUUUGGAACAAAGUUCUGCUUAAGCACAAGCAACGAGAUCCAAAGAUUGCAACUUCAUUUACAACUGCAAGUUUAAAAAAUCUCUAACUUGGCUUACCACCCAAAUAUAUGCAUAUCAAUGCAAUCACACACAGAUCAGUGAUAGAGCCAUUUACAAUGCAAAACUAAGAUAAAACUGCCUUCGGGGUACCAAAAACAGAUCUAGAAGCUUUGGUGUGUGCAUUUCCCUGUGUAAAUGCAUUCCAUACCCUUGGGGCCAGUGAUUCCGUAUCUGAUACUGAUAGCACUUCCUUCCGUUAGAAGAAGGAGGUGGAAGUAGUGCCUUCCCAGGAAGUGUGUAUUGUGGUUUCUUGCCUGGAAGAAGAGCUUUUCCCAGAGAUUUUGUUCCACAAAUGAGCUCUGCUUGAUCAAAAUGCUUCGCCUCUUAUCUCAUUCUUGCGGCAGUGCACAUCUGUGUGCAUAUCUACAAGAGCAGUUAUUUCUGUUCCUCCUUGGCUGGGACCUAAAGGAUCACAAUCUGCAUGCAUUAAGAUACUGGUAGGAAACAUUUAUCUCUCUCUCUCGAGAGAGAGAUUCAGAUAUAUCAGAUGGAGUGGGGUCAGGGGUCCCUUACAAGGGGCUAUUUAAGAGUGCUGGGGAACAUAGUGGGGAAGACAGUGCCAGUAAUUCCCUUUUGCAGGUGUCCCUUCCACUUACACUAGCGUUAGAUACAAUCCAGGAUAGCAGUGCCACUUGCAGAGCCACUUCAGUGCGACAUCCGGGGAUGUAAAAAUGAACUAGUUAGGAGUCUACUUUACUUUUUUAAAAAAUAAUUGUAGUAUGUAAAUGAGCCAUUUAUAUGAGCUAAAGCAGAUUGACUCCUGCUGACGGAGCCCCUUAAUAAUAAUAAUAAUAAAAAAAUAAUUUUAUUAUUUAUACCCCGCCCAUCUGGCUGGGUUUCCCCAGCCACUCUGGGUGGCUUACAGCAUAUCUAAAAACAUAAAACACCAAGCCUUAAAAAACUCCUGAUACAGGCUGCCUUCCAGACGUCUUCUAAAAGUUGUGUAAUUCUUGAUCUCCUUGACAUCUUGGAUGGGAGGGCGUUUUACAGGGAGGGCGCCCCUGCCGAGAAGGCCCUCUGCCUGGUUCCCUGUAACUUCGCUUCUUGCAGUGAGGGAACCAGUAGAAGACCCUUGGAGGAGGACCUCAGUGUCUGGGCAGAACGAUGGGGGUGGAGAUGCUCCUUCAGGUAUACUGGGCCGAGGCUGUUUAGGCUUUAAAGGUCAGCGCCAACACUUGGAAAUGUGCUCGAAAAUGUACUGGGAGCUAAUAUGGUCUUUCAGGACCGGUGCUAUGUGGUCUCGGCGGCUGCUCCCAGUCACCAGUCUAGCUGCCGCAUUCUGGAUUAGUUGUAGUUUCCGGGUCACCUUCAAAGGUAGCUCCACAUAGAGCACAUUGCAGUAGUCCAAGCAGGAGAUAACCAGAGCAUGCACCACUCUGGCGAGACAGUCCGCGGGCAGACAGGGUCUCAGCCAGUGUACCAGAUGGAGCUGGUAGACAGAUGCCCUGGACACAGAAUUAUUGUGCUCAUUGGGCUGUCACUGAGCUUCAUCUUUUGGCUUCUCUGCUUCUGCACUUUCCCUUGAAGUUUAUUGUUUAUCAUUAGGCUUGCUGUGUGUGUACAAAGUACUUUACUGAAGUAUUAUUAUUAUUAUUAUUAUUAUUAUUAGCCUUGUAACAUAAUUCAUAAUUCUGUAAGCCCCAACAACUUAAAUAAAAUAAUUCAUCUCUGUGUUCUAACUCGCUUCCAUCCUUUUCUGGACAAUCUCUCAAACUCUAUUUGCAGCUGGAAGUUCAUGAAGCUAAACCAGUGCCAGAAAACCAUCCACAAUGGGAUACAGCAAUAGAGGGAGAUGAGGACCAGGAAGACAGUGAAGGUUUUGAAGACAGUUUUGAGGAAGAGGAGGAAGAGGAAGAGGAGGAUGACUAAAACAGUACCAUGAACUAACUUGUGUUACACGGGAUAUCUCUACAAACUUUUGACCUGGGAAGGGAUAAAACAAAAACAGUGCAGAAGUACUGAAGAUGGAUUUUUUUUUAAAAGUUUCUCUUUACCAAUUAUGAGUGCUUUAUGUAACUUCCCAGUGGAGGUCUUUUGAUCAGUUGGUAUAACCUGGAAGAUGCAUAGGGCUCUUUUACAGCCUUUAAGUACAGGACGGUGCAUUUAUUUCAACUGAAAAUAAAAGCUUUUUUAUUCUAAAUGUCCAGACGUGUGGGCUAUGUUGUCUGAUCAACUUUUGGUCCAAUAUAUUAAGAGGUACUAUUAUUAAAUAGAAGCAAUCUUUAAAUCAACUUUUCACACUAGAAAGUUUAUUUUAUACGUUGAAGCCUCCUGUUGAAAUUAACACCCCCUUGAGUUUCUGUUUUGGUAAAAUCCAAAAGCAGUUUUGCAGUGAUACAUGAACAUUACUGAAGCUGAGAUUUAUAGCUUUAAACUUUCUGUUUUGUUUUGGACUUCAGAAUUGGCAUCCUACCAUUAGUUGGGGACAUUCCAUAUUGUCAUGAGGGCUGAUUUUUUUUUAAAAAGACGUAAUCUACCUUAAGCAGAGGGGAACUUUUGCCCCAUACUCUCAUGCAGGUUAUAAAUGUUUCUGAAUCUUUCAAUGGCUUAAAGCAUAUUUAAGCAACUAAUAUCAGCAAAUCAUACAGAAUUAAUUUAUUUUGAUAAAACUGUAUGUAUCAAAUGACUGUGGGACCAUAUGUUACUCAAUGUGGUGGCUUAAUACAUAACACCUUUUACAAAAGGUAACAAUUAUCAAAGCUGACAUUCUUGGCUUUUAAUCUACCUUAACCCUGUCAGAAGCCUUUUAGGACAGACACAUAAGGCACGCUAAGAUGGUAUGUUCUUGUAUUUAUUGAGAACAAUUCAAAAUAAACUGGACUAAAUUUGAUAAAACGGCAUUACAGCAGUGCAUUUUUCCUCUCUACUGAGGGCCGAACAGGGGUGCUAGCAUGGAGAACCAGGCUUCAUUCUCAACAUAAAUAAUUGUUUUCGAUUUUUAAGUGUAUUUCUGGAGCGUUCUGUGAAGGAUAAGCAAAAACUUACUACGAAUUUCAUUUUCUGCCCACAUGUAAAGGUAAUAACUAUUGAUGUGGUUAGAAGCUAUAGAAAUACAUCUGAAUGUCAAUCAUGUAGUAAGAUUUUUAUAGCUAUAUGUUGAGGAACUGCAAGACUGAAAUACUGUAAAACAUUUGUGACAAAUGAGUUUGUCAUAACAGGAACAUUUCCAUAUAAUGGAAGCUGCCCAAAAGCCAAAUGAGCUGCUCACUAAUUUGUGACCUUGUUUAUGAAAUAGAGGAUUGUCACUUUAAAUGCAAACUUACAUUGAUAAUAUUUCUUUGUAAUUGCAAUAGUUGCAAAUAAAAUUUGAAAAAUGUCCUAAAUGCGAAAAUGGUUUCAUU